GGUAGGUGGGGUGGUUGCCUUGCCUGCUUCUUUCCCUGCCAAUUCUGGGUUAAAGGAAGUCCCGUUUGAUCCCACAAUCAACAAUACGAAGAAACCCCCCCACCCUACAAAUAAGAUUGGUGUGCCCACACACUAGUAAAACUAGAAAUGAGUAUCUGUGGAGUGUAUCGUCAGCAGUUAGUGUUGUUUGGGAGCUGCUGCUGCCCUCCUCCACAACCGCCAAAGCUUCUUCCACACCGCAAAACCCCACAUGGGUUGCCACUGCAAACUUGUGGGAAAUCUCAACUGGCUCUGAUACAUGAUGCUUCCUCCAAAUUUGUCCCUAGAGCUACUGCUUCUGCUGCUUCUUCUUCUUCUUCCCCUACAGAAUAUUCUGAGCAACUCGGGAGGUGUCAAACCCAAGCAAAAAAAAGCAGAGAAUAGCAGGCGUAGAUCAGGAUGAUUUACAAGAUCCCAAACUUUUGGCUGAUCCUGAGAGUUGCUUUUGUGAGUUUAAAGGGGUACAGAUACACUACAAAAUAUUUGAUGCUGAAUCAUUGGCUCCAAACUUGUCAGAAGAGGUUGCUACUACUCAAGUUUCUGAUACCACUGAAAGGGCUGGUUUUCCCAUGAUUCUGUUGCAUGGUUUUGGAGCUUCUGUAUUCUCAUGGAAUCGAGUCAUGAAGCCUUUGGCACAGGUCACUGGUUCAAAAGUUCUUGCCUUUGAUAGACCGGCCUUUGGGUUGACAUCAUGGGUCGAUCCAACCAAUCAUUCACCUGCUGGCAGUGCAGAUGCCAGACCUCUAAAUCCAUACUCGAUUAUGUUCUCUGUAAUGGCAUCCCUGUACUUUAUUGACUUCUUAGCAGCUGAAAAAGCAAUUCUGGUAGGGCACUCAGCUGGUUCGCUUGUAGCGGUUGAUACAUAUUUUGAGGCACCUGAGCGAGUUGCUGCAAUGGUUCUUGUUGCUCCAGCAAUUUUAGCACCUCUUUUGAAACAGGAUUUUUCCAAAGAUAAUCAGAGAGGUAAAAACAACAAGAAACAAGAGGAGCACUCAAAUUCAGAUAGUCACUGGAAUCCAAUUCUCAGGCUUUUCAGCAUGUUGUCAAAGUUAACUAAACAUAUUGCUCAGGCAAUUAUGAAUAUGUUGAAAGGGAUGGGAGAUAUGAUAAAUUAUGUGUACAAGAAGGCUUUAUCUGCACUCCUCCGCUCAGCCAUUGGUGUAAUGCUGGUAAGAAUGAUAAUUGACAAAUUUGGCAUAGCUGUUUUUCGAAAUUCGUGGUAUGAUUCAAAUCAAGUUACUGAUUAUGUCCUACAAGGUUACACAAAGCCACUGAGGGUGAGAGGUUGGGACAAGGCCCUUGCGGAAUAUACGGUAGCAAUGCUUUCAGAUUCUUCUUCUCAAUCAAAGCCACAGCUUUCCAAAAGAUUGGGCGAAAUCUCAUGUCCAGGUCACUGGUUCAAAAGUUCUUGCCUUUGAUAGACCGGCCUUUGGGUUGACAUCACGGGUCGACCCAACCAAUCGUUCACCUACUGGCAGCCGAGAUGCCAGACCUCUAAAUCCAUACUCGAUUAUGUUCUCUGUACUGGCAACCCGGUACUUUAUUGAUGUCUUAGCAGCUGAAAAAGUAAUUCUGGUGGGGUAAAGUGAUAUAUAUUCAACCUUCUGUUCUUUUGAUUGUUUCUCAUAUUGUGCCCAUUUUCUGGUUUCUGAAUAUUUCAUCAUUAAGUUUUUACUGGUAAGGGUUUCUAUACUGUUUCCGCUGUCGCACAUUCUAUGGAGUAAACCUCUGGAAAUUAGCACAAACUCCUCAAAUGUUGACCCGAAUCGUAACAAGGAGAAAAAUAGUCAAAUGUCAAUGCUCUAAACUAGCACACGACACACGAGAUCCUCAGUGUCACUUUUCCGGUGGCAAUUCAGUGCCACUUUCAUAUUUAUGUCAAGUAUCCUAUUUAUUAUUUAAUUUGUCAUAUGCUAUUUAUUCAAAUUUCUUCUACGAUCACGUGAUAAGUAGAAUUGACACUGGAUUUGACACCGAGUAGAUGGAUAGAGGAUUCCAACUGCCUUCAGAAGGCACACUGUCAAUUGAGAGUUAAAUUUAAUUUUUUUGAAAGAAUAAUAUAUUUUCACACCUAUGAUCAAUAUUUUGGUACUUUCCCCUCUCAUUCUGUCAAUCGCCCCUUUUCUGAUGGCGAAAGUCUCUGUUUAUGCUUACUAAGAGCUAACCGAUGCCAGGCACUCAGCUGGUUCCCUUGUAGCGGUUGAUACAUAUUUUGAGGCACCUGAUCGAGUUGCUGCAAUGGUUCUUGUUUCUCCAGCAAUUUUAGCACCUCUUUUGAAACAGGAUUUUUCCAAAGAUAAUCAGAGAGGUGAAAACAACAAGAAACAAGAGGAGCACUCAAAUUCAGAAAGUCACCGGAGUCCAAUUCUCAGGAGUUUCAGCAUGUUGUCAAUGUUAGCUGAACAUAUUGCUCAGGCCACUAUGAAUAUGUUGAAAGGGAUGGGUCAUAUGAUAAAUUAUCCGUACAAGAAGGCUUUAUUGGCACUCCUCUCCUCUGCCAUUGGUGUAAUGCUGGUAUUAAAUUUCUCUUCAGGAUAAAUUUUCAUUAUUCUCUUGGCUUAAAUUUAUUUUCGUGGUUUCCAAUACUUAAGGCCCUUUGGUAACUAAAUUAUAACAUCCUUUAUCUUUCAGCUUAUGGUUUGAGAAUUUUACAGAUUAUGUUGAUAAGUUUAUUUCAUAGUGGAUUUUGAAACACUCACUAUUUAUUGAUGGAGAAAGAUAACGACCAUCUGAGACACCAAAUGCAGCUUCUCAACUCAACGGAUGGACUAUUUUAGUAUACAGUCUAGCCUUUAUUUACAAGUUUUGGGAUACCGAGGAAUUUCAUUAGAUAAAGGAAAUUUUUGUUAGUCUGCGUCUUGUUUCUUUUAAGGGAUAAUAUCGGAAACCUCCUCCCUUCAGAUUUCUCCUAAUAUCACUUGGCAUUUUUGAGAUUUUUAAAAUAUUACUUACCUUUUCUAGUAAAUGUAAAAUGACUAUAUUAACUCUAACUUGCUACAAAAUUCACAUAUCAAAUAAAUAGAUGCCAAACUUUUUUUUAAAAAAAAAAAAAA